AAUUCAAACCAAUCAACAGUUCAUUCUUAGUUCGUACAUUACAUAUUAUUCAAAACAAUAGACAAUAAUCUUUAGUUUGCCCAGUUGCGUGCACGUCUUGUUGUUUUUCUUGCGGUGUCCGGUUGUUGUGAUUCUUUUUUGAUAAACUGUUAUUUACAUUUGCCGAUCAGUGACUGCGGUUAGUCUUCUCGUCCGUAAAACAAAAAGUGACGAGCGCCGCACCAUGGCCGAUUGUCCUCAGUUCCAGUUAAUGCCUCAAGUGAUGCCCGUAUAUCAUCCGCAGCCGCCAUCGACACAGCCACCUCCACCACCGAACGCGUUCCCAAUACCGACGGGGCAACCGAUGUUUCCAAUGCCGCCGCAUUUUGGCUAUCCGCCCAUUGCGUGGUCGCCAAUCCAUCACUAUCCGCCGCCGCCAACGCCACAGCAACCGGUCCACGAACACGCUGAGGAGGAUGACGAUUACAACGCACAGCAAAUCGCGUUCAGCAAUAACAACAAUAACAGCAGCAGCAACAACAAAAAUAUCAAUUCUGCGGAAGACUCGCAAAACGAUUUGGAAUUGCAGUCACCCCAGCGCCCGAAUCGUCAGAUGUUCACACGCAAUGUGUCCAACAAGUUUGAUACACGACAUGAAGAAUUCAGAAAAUACUUAGAAGAAGUAGGUAUUUUGUCUACAUUCACUAAUAUUUUAUCAGAAAUGUACCAAGAUCCUUUGCGACCUAAUGAUCCGUUGGGAUAUAUCCGAGAUAAAUUAACUUCUUCUCGGCCCGAAACAAUUGAACUUCAAAAUCUUCGCAUUUGGUGUGACCAAUAUCAAACAAAAACUAUUCGCCUGGAAAAAGAGUUAAAGCAUGUAAUUGAACUGUUAAGGAAACAUGAACCAUACAUUACUGAUGAUUCUCUUUUUAAUGAAAGUACAAAAGAAAAUGACUGUGGUGCCUGUGUAUUGGAUGUAUCAAAUCUUUUGUUGGAAAAUAAAGAAGAAAAACUUAAACUUGGAAUGAUAAAAAAAUAUAACAAAUGAUAGUUAACAUUAAUUCUACAAACAACUUAAGAAUAAACUAUGAAAAAUUGAAAGAUUUUCAGAAUUUGUUGUUAUUGUAACUUAUGUUUAAAUCAUUUUUGCAAUUGUAUUCUUGUUAAAGAUAAUUUUUCAAUUUUUCUGUUUCUAAAAUUGGACUGUACUUAUUAAAUUUUAAUGACGUUAUUUAAAUUAAUAGUUUUAUGUUGGAUUUUAAGUUGUUUAAUUUCUCUACUUGGAGAAUUAUUCAUUAAUAACUUAUGUUACAGUUACAUUCGUAUUUUGAAUGUAUUUUCUCUUUAAAAUGUUGAGAAAAUCCAUUGUUGAAGUUUAUUUUGUGCUCAUAUAAUAAUUUUGUUUUUAAUAUCCUUAUUGACUUAUUUUGGUUUUUUUUUUAUUGAUUAUCUUUUUUGAAAUUGUCUAAUUCUAAUUUAAAAUGAUUUAUUAUUCAAAUUAA